AGAAGAAGAGGAGGAGGAGGAAGAAGAAGAAGAGGAGGAGGAAGAGGCGCCAGUCUUGGCUGCUGGAGCCGGGCGGCAGGAUGGGCAGCCGCAUCACUUUCUUCGAGGUUUCAACCUGAAAUCUCCAGGAGUGAGCUGUUAAGGAAUUGGAAACCCUAAUUCAAAGUGGAAAUCCUUGAUUGGAAGACAAAGCAACAACUAUGCUUUUUGGAAAAGGUUGAGCCACGUGCUACAAUAAAUGAUAUUAGACUAAUGUUCCAUAAAAUAUAUCCCCAGUGGUAUCCAGCAAGGCAGUCUAUGAGACUCGAUCCCCAAGGAAAAUCACUGAAGGAUGAAGAAAUGAUCCAGCUGCUCCCUGUUGGCACAACCGCUACGCUCUAUUUUAAAGAUUUGGGGCCCCAACUUGGAUGGACGAUGGUGUUUCUAAUAGAAUAUUCGGGCCCAUUGUUCAUCUAUUUUGUGUUUUAUUUCCGCAUGCCUUUUAUCUAUGGCCUGGAUGACAGGUUUCCCACGAGCCGACAUCCAGUAGUUAACUUGGCAUGUAUCUGCCAUUCUUUCCACUACAUCAAAAGGUUGAUUGAAACAAUAUUUGUUCAUCGGUUCUCCCAUGGGACUAUGCCACUGAGGAAUAUUGUUAAGAACUGUGCGUAUUAUUGGGGAUUUGCUGCCUGGCUUGCUUACUAUAUUAACCACCCUCUUUACACACCACCCUCUUACGGACAAAAACAAGUCAACUUUGCGCUGAUCAUGGUUUUUACCUGUGAAGCUGGAAACUUUUCCAUCCAUGUUGCGCUUAGUAAUCUGAGAAGAGAUGGUAAAAGAUCCAAGACCUGUAAGAUUCCUUACCCAACAAAGAAUCCGUUCACAUGGCUAUUUUAUUUUGUGUCCUGCCCCAACUAUACUUAUGAGCUGGGCACAUGGAUUGGUUUUACUAUCUUGACUCAGUGCGUACCAGUGGGAUUGUUCACCUUGCUCUGUUUCAUUCAGAUGACAGUCUGGGCAAAAGACAAACAUGGCACCUAUAUACGAGAAUUUAAGGAUUACCCUAGCCUUAGAAUGCCCAUCAUUCCUUUCUUACUAUGAAGAACAAGACGUUUUUUUUUGUCUCCCAUCCUGAAUUUUAAGGAAGCAAAGUCAAUGGACCGUACUGAGACACCUGCAGAAAAAGAAGAUACUGUUAUGAAAUGAUAAUGUAAAUGAAAUAUUUGAGUGCAUGCUAAAAUUAUUGUUAUGAGAAGUACCAUGGGUUCAAAGACCACAUAUCUCAGGGUUUUGUGUUUUUGUUUUCAGAAAUUCAGUAUUAAUUCCCUUCCCCGCCCCCCUCCCGGGUUUUCUUCUUGGUAGUGAAGAACGUUUGGAGCUAACUCAGUCUGGUUGGCGAGGCUUCAAAAAAAUUAAGGGAGGAAGUAUGUCAGUUUGCCAUGUCUGGAAAUGCGUCAAAUUGCAUAUUCUGGGAGAUAUGCAAAAAAGAAGUCUCCAGUUGGGAUUGCAUAUAAUAGCCAAGGCACAGACAGUUACAUGGACUAUCUCAAGAAGGCAUUUGCUCUUGCAAAUACUUUUAAAAUGUCAAUAGUAGUGUUAGUGAGAGAGGCUAUUAGAAUGGAGAAAAGCCAGUAUUUUAUGUUAAGGGUAAUAAUUUGAUAACAGUUGGGACCAUACUAUUUCAUUUUCCAGGACUGUGUCACAUGAUUAUCUGUGUUUUUUAGUCUUGGGAAAUUACUUCCAAGGAAAUAUGCACAAGAGUGGGACGUAUGCAGACUUGUUCAGCAGACAGACUGAAGCUGCAUCGUAGUCCUCAGAGAAUAUUCCACGUCUCCCAAAUUGGAAAGAACCGUCUAACUCUCCCAGGUUAUGAUUUUGCCUAUAGUGGUCUGUAUGAUUCAUGAAGGCUCUGGAGAAAUCAUUUGAAGAAAUGGGGACAAUAUUGUCUCAGACUUUAUGUAGGACUUUAGCAACAAAGAUUUAUUUGUCUAGAAACAAUGUACAGAAUUUUUCCACUAUUUGUAAAGAGAAUACGCAAUAAACUCGAGCUUAUAUUUUGAA